UAUGGUAGCAAUCUUUGCCUGACACACCUGGCACAUUUAUUUUAAAUUCGUUGGUUGGUAACAAGAUCAAAAUGGUGAAAAUGGCGGACAUCAUGAAUAGGUUGUGUGUACAUAUCGUAUUACUUUGUGUUUUUUGUACAUCUUCAUCCACAAUUUUAGCUGAAAAAAUUGAUAGUAGAAAGGGAAAUGUUGUGUAUUUACAACCGGGAAUGGCCUUAAAAAGAAAUACUCCUAGCGAUCUUGAGUUGUUUUGUUUUCUUGGUCGGAUGAAAAGUCUAGUGCGAGUGUGGGAAACAGUAAUAGUGAAAAUUCAUAUGGAUGUUGAAAAUUUUGAUUACUAUAUUGGUGCCACCCUUGAUGAUGUAAUUGUUGCCUAUGAUGCACAUCAAAAUUCAUGGAGUAUACUAAAUUUUGCUUCAAAAUCUGACAUUAUUCGUAUCAAUCCUUUCAAUCAGAGUUGUAUUGGGAUUCACAGUUAUCGGAGAUAUCCUUUCAAGAUAGAACUUCUCAUUAUACGAAUAGAUUUUUGGCGGGUUCUGAUGGUCGCAGGUGGAGUAGUUUUAUUUUUAGCAGCUCCAAAAUUAAGCAAAAAUCCUAUAUUCUAUUACUUGUGUGGUGUUACUGUAGGAAUAUGUGCAAGUGUUUUGAUUCUAAUAUAUUUCUUCAGCAAGCUCUUGCCUCAAAAACCUCUUAUGUACAGUGUAUUAAUAGGAGGGUGGACUGUCACUGUGUACUUUAUUCAGAUGAUGUGGGAAAAUUUUCGUACAGUAUUUGAACAUUAUGGCUCUCAUGUAUUGGCAUACAUUGCCAGUGUUGGUAUUAUAAGUUUUGGAGUUUGCUAUCGAUUUGGCCCUGUUACCGAUCCAAGAAGUAGAAAUUUAAUUAAGUGGACCUUGCAGUUGGCUGGAAUUGCUUUGAUUUUAUUUAGCAGUUGGUUACAAGAAGCUACCAUUAGCAUUUCUUUAGUUUUGGUGGUCAUCUACCUCUUUCCAGCAUCGUGGAUUUCUAAUUUGAAAACCUUUUGGAAACGUCGAUUUCCACCCCGUGUAAAGUUGCUUUCAGAAGACGAGUACCAUGAACAGGGAGUGAUUGAGACUCAGAAAGCAUUGAAGGAAUUGCGUGGUUACUGUUCCAGUCCUGAAUGUGAUGCUUGGAGAACAGUUCUCAAAAUAAAGGACCCCAUAAGAUUUGCUGAGUUUAUGUCUGGCAAUUCUCACCUGACUGAUGCAGAAAUCUUAGCUUAUGAGUCUGAACCAAGAUACCGGGGUCCAGAAAAUGAUAGUGAAAAUGAAGAGAGUGAUGAUGUUGAAGACUACUACUGAUACACCUGAGAGGGUCUUUUUUUCUUCUUUUUUUUUAAAAGAACUAUGCUUCUAAAUACAAUUUUUUCCCCCCAAACUUUUUAAUUUUUAUUAAGAAAAUUUGUACAUUUUG